CCUGCAUAACAUUAUUCGUCAGAGCAGCUGCUCCCAAUCGCGCCUCGCUCGGAGCAACCAACGGAAUUGCCCAGGCGGCUGUUGCAGUAGCAAGAAUCAUCGGCCCAGCGUCUGCAGCUUCGGUCUUCUCUUAUUCAUUGCAGGAAGGGCAUGAUGCGUGGUCGAUAUACUACUUCUUUAUCGCAAUUGCAUUUCUCGCUGUAUGUACUGCUUUAUUGCUUCCCCGUGAUCCUAGUGUAUGGGAAGAUUCCCAAUAG